GUCGCCUGAACAGCGGUACCGUCCCGGUCGUAAGAAUGAUCUAGCUCUUUCCUCCCAGUGCACUGACGAUGCGGACUUGUGUUGCAUACUGGACCGAUGCCGUGAGUUCGCAGCUGUGAAGCUAUCUGCAGCGCAACUCCAGGAAGAGCAGGAGCGAGAGCUAGCACCGGAGAUUGAGCAGGAACGACAAGUUCAACGGCCGGCUCCUGCCGAACCGGCACGGCAUUCUGUGCAUCCCGAUAUACGCUCGUUCGUGGCCACCGGACAUCUGGAUACGUCAUCCACCGCAGUGAAACCAGCUUUUAUGGUGUUAGAAAAUACAUCAGCGGCGAAAUACCUGGAUGUGGCCCAGUUCCCAUCGGAGCUCCUUGUCACCAUGGACUUUGCUAGAACAGUCUGACUGCCAGAUAAAUUAUCUGCUCGGGAUAGUUACCAGCGUGCGGUUGAAUGGGUCCUGAUGAGCACCGGUCAUGCCUCCAAGGACGGAACGCCCGUAAGGCACAUGGUGCUCAUCAGCCCGUAUGAAGCGAAUAAGCUUCAUGCUUACAUUCGUGGGUCUGGUGCGGUAACUAUGCAUCUAUAUGCACCUCGUCAGAACCAGAGCUCGUACCCUAUCGAUAAGCUCGAUUUGUACACGAUUCCGACAAAACCAAGCACGAGGCCCCUGCAAAUACCUGAGAGCCUACGUAUUCAACUGAACCUCUUUGCGGGGCAGCUCUAUAUAUCGUCGUACAACGAGUAUUGUGAAAUAUGCCGCUUCCUGGGAGUGGCGUUCACUGCCGCACCAGAGGGCUUGGCUGUCGCCGCGGAUGGGUUCAUCGUGGAGAAUCAACAGGCAGGAGCCAAGUUCACCAAAAGCCCCCUCAGAUUUCUCAAGGUGUUCAUGUCACAGAUCAGGAAGGACGGGCAGGAAAUUGACAAGACCCACAUUGGCAAGAUCCUAGACGGAAAACUAUUACUCAUGGCUGACUUCCAAGAUCGCAAUGGCAGAGCUGCUCAGACCAUGAAGCUGAGCCUUCGAAAUGUCCGAUAAGAUGUCUCGAGCGAACAGCAAGCUAGGG